AUGAGAAUUGCAAAUGUUUCUUGUGAUGAAGUGCCACUUGUGUUGAACUCUUUGUGCCUCUCUCUUGAGCAGCUGAGGGAGAUGAAAGUGUGGAGGAGCAAAGAUCACUUGUCCUUCACAUUUGCGUUCCAUUAUUUACGCCAGUUGCCACCUGAUGUCCAUGAUGAGGUGCCAGUCUUGCUUGCCAAAAUGAUGAACCGACCAUGUGGCAUUCAUGUAGGCAAGGCUUCCAAUCUCAAGAAGAAGCUCCUUAGCUGUUUGCUUCGAGAUGGGGUGAUUGUGGAAAUGGAUUCAAAUGAGUGUUCAGUCAAAUUGACUGACAAAGGUGUCCACCUGGUAGAGACCUGCGUGGAUGUCACAGGGGGGUUGAAAUUCUUGGACCGGCCACCAAAGGAGGUUAAGCCGCUAGACAUGAGCACCUAUGAAGUUGUGUUGGAGCUCCAGGCUGCAGGGUUCCAACAGAGGGUUGUUUCAGCGAAAGAAAGCAAACGUUGUAAGAAACUUCCUUUCACAGAUGGGGGCAAAAAGGAGUGGCUGACAAAGGAAGGUUCUUUAUCUGUCUCGCAUUUGUAUUUGGUUGCUUUGCUAACAGCUUCUGAACAUGGAAAGGACGUGCCGCAUUUUGAGAAAGAACUUGUUUACAAGCAACUGCUGGGUCUGAGUUGUGAAAGUCAGGUGACCCAAAAAAGAGCCCCAAGAAAAAACUUCUCAUCAUUGGUGAGGACUUCUGCCCUGAACUGCAGUUGCCUGACUCACCAUUGA